AUUCAUCGGUGUAUAGUUAUCACAAAGUUAUUCGUCACAGCUGACACUUCGUGAGCGUAAAUAAAUAUAAAUCUAUAGCGACGAUAUUCUUCAACAAUCAAAUAUGGCGUGCUGCAGCGAAACUAAGAACAAAAGCAUGUCCUGUGAUAUGAAGUGCGAUAAGUCGGGUUGCUUUUGCAUUCCAACUGAUGGAAAGGAUUGCAUUUGCGUUUGUGCCGACGCCAAGGGCAAGAUAGUUCGCUGCGACGACUGUAAGUGCGACAACUCUUCCGGCAAGUGCGACAAGUCUGGCUGUGUCUGCAUUCCUACCGAUGGCAAGAAGUGCAUUUGCGUUUGUCGCGAUGGAGGCAAGAUAGUUCGCUGCGACGACUGUAAGUGCGACAAGUCUUCCGGCAAGUGCGAUAAGUCUGGCUGUGUCUGCAUUCCUACCGAUGGCAAGAAGUGCAUUUGCGUUUGUCGCGAUAAAGACUCCGGCUUCAAGCGCUGUGAUGAUUGUACUUGUACCACAGCGUGCGGAAGCGACUCUCCAAAGUGUGACAAGAAAGGAUGCGAGUGCAUUCUAACGGAAGGGAAAGCAUGCAUUUGUGUUUGCCUUGACGCCAAGGGCAAUAUAAUUCGCUGCGACGACUGUAAGUGCGACAAGUCUUCCGGCAAGUGUGACAAGUCUGGCUGUGUCUGCAUUCCUACGGAUGGCAAGAAGUGCAUUUGUGUUUGUCGCGAUAAGGACUCCGGCUUCAAGCGCUGUGAUGAUUGUACUUGUACCACAACGUGCGGAAGCGACUCUCCAAAAUGUGACAAGAAAGGAUGCGAGUGCAUUCUAACAGAAGGGAAAGCAUGCAUUUGUGUUUGCCUUGACGCCAAGGGCAAGAUAGUUCGCUGCGACGACUGUAAAUGUGACAAGUCUUCCGGCAAGUGCGACAAGUCUGGCUGUGUCUGCAUUCCUACCGAUGGCAAGAAGUGUAUUUGCGUUUGUCGCGAUGGAGACUCCGGCUUCAAGCGCUGUGAUGAUUGUACUUGUAUCACAGCGUGCGGAAGCGACUCUCCAAAAUGUGACAAGAAAGGAUGCGAGUGCAUUCUAACAGAAGGGAAAGCAUGCAUUUGUGUUUGCCUUGACGCCAAGGGCAAGAUAGUUCGCUGCGACGACUGUAAAUGCGACAAGUCUUCCGGCAAGUGCGACAAGUCUGGCUGUGUCUGCAUUCCUACCGAUGGCAAGAAGUGCAUUUGCGUUUGUCGCGAUGGAGACUCCGGCUUCAAGCGCUGUGAUGAUUGUACUUGUAUCACAGCGUGCGGAAGCGACUCUCCAAAGUGUGACAAGAAAGGAUGCGAGUGCAUUCUAACAGAAGGGAAAGCAUGCAUUUGUGUUUGCCUUGACGCCAAGGGCAAGAUAGUUCGCUGCGACGACUGUAAGUGCGACAACUCUUCCGGCAAGUGCGACAAGUCUGGCUGUGUCUGCAUUCCUACCGGUGGCAAGAAGUGCAUUUGCGUUUGUCGCGAUGGAGACUCCGGCUUCAAGCGCUGUGAUGAUUGUACUUGUAUCACAGCGUGCGGAAGCGACUCUCCAAAGUGUGACAAAAAAGGAUGCGAGUGCAUUCUAACGGAAGGGAAAGCAUGCAUUUGUAUUUGCCUUGACGCCAAGGGCAAGAUAGUUCGCUGCGACGACUGUAAGUGCGACAAGUCUUCCGGCAAGUGCGACAAGUCUGGCUGUGUCUGCAUUCCUACCGAUGGCAAGAAGUGCAUUUGCGUUUGUGGCGAUGAAGACUCCGGCUUUAAGCGUUGUGAUGACUGCACUUGCGCAAAAGAAUAAGAUUUUGUAAAAUUGUCAAACAUUAGCUGUAUAUCAAUUAUUGAGUAUGAUACAAAUAAAAUAGUGUAGAAAAAAAUUGUAUCUCAUAAUCAUUUUAUUUUCUAUAAAUGUUUUAUACAAAAUUACAUACUGCAUUAGGCGUAUUGUGAUUUAACUUCGCUUUUUUAUUCCUACUGUGUUUGUUAAGUUAUAAUUUUGGAUUAUUAAUAAAAUGGUUUUUAAUAU